UCUCGUCGUUUCGCUACCUUCCCGGACACACGCCCGAGCCAUCGUAGCUCGUCCGCUCCACAUACUUUCCACGCUGCCAGCCAGCUCUGCUCUCUCCCACGCUGCGCGUGAUUUGCCCGUUUCCUCGCUGCACCCUCGGAUCCCCGGGCGUGUCAACGCCUUCGCUGCGACGCUACUUCAGCGCCGAGCAUCCAUCAAGCCCUCGUCUCUGAGCUGCGCUCGGGCCGUUCGCCGAACCCUGCCUCUCUCAAGCCUGUCUGCGACCCUAGUCGCUGCCACGCCGAGCCCGGCACGCCUCGUCAAGAUUCCCGCUCGCUAUAAUACGCCGCUCCUCCCGCCCGUCGCUCUAAUCUCACCCUCCCAGCCACUCCUAAUCAUGUUCCUCCCUCCCUUUCUCCUUCUCCUCACCGCGCUCCUUGCGCACGCCGGUCCGGUUCUCCACCGCGAUGCGCCCCUCACGGUCUCGACGCCGCUCGGCGACAUUGCCGGCGCCGCGGCCGACGGCGCUCAGCGCUUCACCAUUCCUUUCGCCCAGCCGCCGGUCGAUGCACUGCGCUUCGCGAACCCGCAGCCCAUCACGGCGUUCGCUGCGAGCGGCACGUACGACGGCACCUUCAAGCCCGCCGGAUGCUACCAGUACGACGACGACCCGCGCGGUGUGCAGGAGCCGUCGGAGGACUGCCUCUACAGCCAGCUCUACCGCCCGGCGACGGUCAGCUCGGGCGCCAAGCUUCCGAUCCUGGUCUGGGUGCACGGCGGCUCGGGCGUCGCAGGUUCCAGCACGGCGUCCGGUCUUGAUGCGUCGGGCUUCGCGAGCCGCAACAACGUCAUCGUCGUGGUGCUGCAGUAUCGUCUCGGUCUCUUCGGCUGGCUGCAGUCCAACACCACGCUCGACGAGGCCGCCGGCGGCGCUCCGGGCGGCGACAAGGUGGCGGGCAACAUGGCGCUGCGCGACGUCGUCGCUGCUCUGACGCAGCUGCGUGCGCUCGCCGCUUCGUUUGGCGGCGACGCGGGCAGCGUCACCGUCAUGGGCCAGAGCAGCGGCGCACAGAUGGUGCGUGCGCUGCUGACGCUGCCGGCGGCACAGCCGCUCUUCCAACGCGCCGUGCUCGUCUCCGACACGGCCUACUACGGCAUGGCGACGCAGACGGACCACAAUGCGCUCGGCGGCGGCGCCAUGGCGCUCCUCGGAUGCACCGACAUCGCCUGUGCGCGCGGCAAGACGAAGAGCGAGAUCCUCGCGGCCAGCACCGAGGUGUUCAGCACCGUGCCGCAGGCCAAUCCGGCAGUGUCUGGCGGCACGCCGUGGCGCCCAAUGCUCGGCGACUACUUCCCUUCCAGCAUCACCUCGGGCGGCAAGACGAGCAAGGCGGUGCUCAUCUCGACGGUCGCCAACGAGGCCGGCGCCACCGCCGGCGCUCUCUUCCUUCCCAGCCACGCCGGCUCCACGAUCCUCACGCUGCGGCAAGGCAACUACCCGGUGCCUUAUUCCGUCGCUCUCGGUCUCAUCUUCAACGCCGGUCGAGGAGAUGCCCUCUCCCUCCUGGCGCCGUACGCUACGAACGGCACCACGGAGGACGAGACGCGCUCGCAGUUCGAGCUUGGCGGCACCGACGGCCUCUGGCGAUGCUCGAGCCAGCGCAACGCCCGUGCCCUCGCCAGCGCUGGCACGCCCGUCUGGCUGGCUCAGCACGACGUCGGCGCGCGCUACAUCUCCAACGCCGACAAUGACUACUGCACCAAGUCGGACAGCCACGUCUGCCACGAGGACGACAUUUACCUCAUCUUCGGCACCACGCCCUCUCCCACCUCGGCACAGCAGGCCGCCUCGACGCAGAUGCAAUCCCGCCUUACUGCCUUUGCGCGCACCGGCUCGCCCAACGCCGCCGGCUACGCGACGUGGUCGCGCGUCACCAGUGCGUCGCGCCUCAACAUGCUCCACUACGCCUCGAGCGGCGACAGCAGCCUCGUCGACGUGCAGCAUGCGGCGCAGUGCGCCCCGCGCAGCAUGUGGGGCAGCAAGAUCAAGUACGACUGGCAGAUGUACGAGACGAAAUGACUCCCUCGCCCCCGCCCGCGACCCAAGCGACCCAGCAAGGGUCGUCGACCCGCCGACUUGGCGCGCUACUUGGACCGUAUACGAGCUCGACUUCCCAUCUUUUGGAUACGCACCCUUACUAUGCCGUGGCGAGCCGCGUAGAUCGUGCGUCGCUGUG